AGUUGUCACUAUACAGAAGUUGAAUAGGGAAGGGAAGAUUUAGCCUCUAAUUAUUUUGUUUCUUUAUGUUCGUUUCUUUUGCAGGCUUAAAGAUCAAUGGCAUUCAAUAAUGCAACACCAGUAGUUGUGAGCAUUCUGAUGGCCGUCGAGAGCUUGAGAGGUGUCAAACUGCCGGGGACAGUAGAGGCAAGGAAAACGUCGCGGAGAUGAGGAAAUCCUACAACUACAACACUCCACGAUAUUAAACUGCCGAGGUCUGCUGGUUUUCCUUAUUUUUGGCUGUCAUCAAUUAAAAUCUGAGGGCUUAAUAGCAAUUAUGGGAUUAGUUGAGUGCUUAACUUAUGGUUUUACCUUAGAUAUAUUCGCUAAAUUGCCAGUGAAAUCCCUUAUCAGAUUCAUGUGCUUGUACAAGUCAUGUUAUCAAGCCAUCUCCGAUCCUCAAUUCUUCUCCCUUCAUCUCCAUCACUCCAAUCAAAUCAACAAACAAUUUCUCUUUCAGAUUCGUAAGAGCCCUCUAACCCUGCAAUCUUUGUCUUUCUGCCAUCACCAAUUGCUUCGAGAGCCCGUGAAAUUGGAGGCACAGACUACGUUGCCGUCUUGUUUCUGGUGGGAAAUGAUCGAUUCCUGCAAUGGGGUUCUGUGUUUGACAACUUGUCCUCAACCCAUUCGCUAUUUAGGUAUUCUAAACCCUUCAAUUAAAAAGUUAAAGCUUGUUCUUUUUCCCAAUUUGGAGGAUUCCUUCUGUGUCUCCAACGGUAUUUAAAGGUCGGUAGAUGGAACAUGCUUUUCAGCUGAAAUUGGGUUUGGUUUUGAUUCUGCACAAGUGAUUUUAAGAUUCUGAUAAUUUUUUGGGAAAUUCAUUCACAAAUAUGGAGACAAGUUCAAGUUUACUCACUAAGACAAAAUUCAUGGAAGGUUCUUAGUAAUGUUCCCAAUUUUUUAUACAAUUUAUAUGAGCCUCAGGUAAUUGUUAAUGGAGCUUUUUAUUGGGUUGUAAAGCCUGUCAUCAGUGAUUGUUUGUCGAUCUUGAUGUUUGAUUUCACUGAUGAUACAUUUAAGGAGAUUAAGAUGCCAGAUUGUUUCUAUGAAGAUAUAGCUUAUUUUUGCAAAUUUGAUGGCUUGGGGGAAUUCAAGGGAAAACUAUCCUUUCUGCAUGUUGAUGAAAAUUCUUCUGUGGGUGUUUCACUGGAGAUGUGGAUGAUGGAGGAUUCUCCUUGGGUUAGACAAUAUGUUGUCAAUGUGAGUCAGCUUUGCGGACCUAAAUGCUUGGCAAUGAAUGAUGAAGCAAUGCUACUGUUAACACAUUCUGUUGUUGGCCGUAUUCUUUCUUGUGACCUCAAGACCUUGGAGUUGACUUACAAUGGAGUUGAGGAGCAGAGACCCCGUGCUUUUACCUAUACACCGAGCCUGGCCUUACUUGGGGAAGAAAACUAGUAUUUUGAGGACCUCUGAAUGGUAUGAUGUUUAACAUUGUUGUUAUAGUAUUUCUCGACUUGUUUUUGGUUUUCAUGAGACACUAUUUGUCCUGUUUAAUUCAGUUUAUAUAUUUUGAUGACUCCUCUUUUACCAUUGUGCUUUCAGCAUCUUAGUGAUAAGAGUAUGAGUGUUUUCUUGGUUGGAAUGGAAUGUGUUUUAUUACAAAAACAGUGUCCAAAUCUGAGGCUGAUUAUUUUGGAUCUUAAUGAAACAACUAACAUUUA